ACUGAGAAAGUGACAGAGAGAGAGUGAGACUGAGAGAGAGAGAGUGAGUGAGAAAGAAAGAGAAGUAUAGAGAGAGAGAGGAUGAGAAAGUGAGACUGGGACACACACACAUACGCAGACGCAGACGCAGACAUUCAGUCUCUCCUGUGGUUCGGGUGCAGCUCCUGUCGGCCAUGUUCCGCCGGAGCAUUUUGCGAAACGUUGCCGGGGCCGGAGGGCUGAUGCGCAGGAGUCUGGGCACCUCGGCCUCCCUCAGAGCAUCUGCUGCUGCCCGGAAAGCUGGUAAGCUAAAGAACGAAGAAACUGAUAAUGCAACUCAACCUCUGUACCUGGAUUUCCAGGCCACAACGCCAAUGGAUCCUAGAGUUUUGGAUGCAAUGCUUCCUUACCUUCUCAGCUGCUUUGGGAACCCCCAUUCCAGAACCCAUGCUUAUGGGUGGGAGAGUGAAGCAGCGGUGGAGAAAGCAAGAAAGCAAAUAGCAAGUGUCAUAGGAGCCGAUCAUAGAGAAAUCAUCUUCACCAGCGGCGCUACCGAGUCCAACAAUAUUGCCAUCAAGGGUGUUGGAAGGUUUUACAAAGCCAAAAAGAAGCACAUCAUCACAACCCAAACAGAACACAAGUGUGUGCUGGAUUCGUGCCGGGCACUGGAGGCUGAAGGUUUCCAGAUCACCUACCUACCAGUGAAAAAUAACGGACUUGUGGAUUUGAAGGAGCUGGAGAAAGCGAUUCAGCCGGACACCAGUUUGGUGUCAAUCAUGAGCGUGAACAAUGAAAUCGGAGUCAUUCAGCCCAUAAGGGAGAUAGGUCACAUGUGCCAGGCACAUAAGGUCUUCUUCCACACGGACUCUGCUCAGGCUGUUGGGAAAAUCCCCUUGGAUGUGAAUGACAUGAAGAUUGAUCUGAUGUCUAUCAGCGGGCACAAAAUCUAUGGGCCUAAAGGCGUGGGGGCCCUCUUUGUCCGCCGGCGGCCUCGUGUGCGGGUGGAGGCGGUGCAGAGUGGUGGGGGUCAGGAGCGAGGUCUUCGCUCAGGCACCGUGCCCACCCCACUGGUGGUUGGGAUGGGGGCAGCGUGCGAGAUAGCGCAGCAGGACAUGGAGUACGACCACAAGCACGUGUCCGUCUUAGCCAAGCGCUUGGUGUCUCAGAUCAUGGAUGCGGUUCCUAACGUGUUCCUGAACGGGGAUUCCGAAAAGAAGUAUCCAGGCUGUAUUAACCUGUCAUUUGCAUACGUGGAGGGAGAGAGCCUGCUCAUGGCUUUGAAAGAUGUGGCGCUCUCUUCAGGGAGUGCCUGUACGUCUGCCUCCCUGGAGCCGUCGUAUGUUCUGCGCGCUAUCGGUGCCGACGAGGACCUGGCUCACUCCUCCAUCAGGUUUGGAAUCGGCCGUUUUACGACAGAGGAGGAGGUGGACUACACUGUGGCGAGGUGCAUCGAGCACGUGAAGAGGCUCCGGGAGAUGAGUCCACUCUGGGAGAUGGUGCAAGAGGGGAUCGACCUGAAGACCAUUAAGUGGAGUCAGCAUUAGGGCACGUAUUGCUAUCCGUGUCUGGGGAACAGCCAGUGAAAACCCACUUCCACGCUGCAAUAUUUAUUUAGUUACAAUGCACAAUGGAUUUGGGGUGAGUUUCAGAGAGACGUGACUUCCCUCAUCUCUGUGUUUACAGAGUACGGGAGGGUGUUGUCCCUU